AGCUUGGUCCUGCUAUCGCCCUGUUGAAAAAUCAUUUGGCUAGAGAUGGCGGAGGAAGAAUUAGCAGUGGCGAGAGAUAGCCACGAUGGCUCAGGCUUCAAUGAAGAAGCCCAGGAGAAUGAAAAAAUGAAGCAGAAAAUGAAGGAUAAAAAGAAAAAACGACUGCUUAAGGAAGCUGAAAGGGCGGAAAAGCGGGGUGUGUGCUAUUUGAGCCGUGUGCCUCCUCACAUGGAUCCUCUCAAGCUUCGCCAGAUUCUAUCUCAGUAUGGAGAAAUUCAGAGGCUCUAUCUUGCUCCUGAAGAUCCUGCUGCGCAAGUGCGUCGGAAAAAGUCGGGAGGGUUUCGCGGACAAGAAUUCUCAGAGGGAUGGGUUGAAUUCUCAGACAAGAAAGUCGCUAAGAGAGUGGCUAGGAUGUUGAAUGGAGAACAAAUUGGUAUGUCGGCUCAAUUACUUUUCUAAUUUGGUAUAUUAAAGUAAGCAAAGCAUGAGAGACUUGAUCAUGCAUUUUCUAAUUUGGCAUGUGUUUUUACACUCUCAUUGUUAUUUUAUUUCUUUUGGGCGUUAGGUGGAAAGAAAAGAUCAUCAUUCUACUAUGAUUUAUGGAAUAUCAAAUAUCUGAGUAAAUUCAAAUGGGAUGAUCUUACUGCAGAGAUAGCAUACAAGACUGCUAUUCGAGAACAGAAACUGGCGAUGGAACUAUCUGCUGCUAAAAGAGAACGUGACUUUUAUCUCUCGAAAGUUGAUCAAUCAAAAGCUUUGAGUAAAAUAGAAGAACGGCUCAAAAAGAAGCAAAAGAUUGAAUUGACGCCAAAAGUGGCCCGCCAGUUUCCGCAGAAAAAACCAGUUGGGAAAGAUGAAGAAAAUAAGUCCCAAUUGUCAAGGGAUGUCUUGUCUGGAGUGAGUCCUCACUUUGCCCCUCAUCCCAUUUUAUGGCUUUUGUUUUUGGUGGCUCUUCAUGAUCAGCUAACAAAUUUCCAAUCACCCAAGGUUGUGUGCAGUGCCUCCAAUUUUUACAGUGUGGUUUUUGUUAUGUCUGUUGUUAGAUGAAAUUUAUUUUAUUUGCUAAGGCAGUUGGUGUCGCAUAAACUACAAUAGUUCUUUGCAAAAAGUCAUAUUUAUUGAACCAUCUUCCUUGCUUUGAGCUUCUGAUGAUUACUUAUUUAUUUAUUUUCAAGAACUGGCGAAAAGGGACUUCAAUAAGAUUUUGCCCUUAC